AAGUUAUUUAUUCAUUGGUUUUAUCUUGUCAUAUAUGACACUAAAUGAAUGUUUUGUACUACAAGCUCCUUUGCAGUUCGAUAAACAUGGUAAUCGGAAAAUUCAAAUUCCUCAAGAACAGUAUAGUUUAAAUGGAAAAAAUCAAUUGAAAAUUCGUAUUCAAGAUUGUGAAUUCAGUUUAGAUUUUACUCCAGCGAAUAAAACUGAAAUUGAAACAAAUAAAGGUGUUCGUAAACUUAUCGCUAAAACUGAUCAAUGUAAGAAGAUUCUUGGAUUAUCUGGUCAAGAACAUGGCAAAGAAAAAUAAUGAUGCAGUCGAAAAUACUUACAGAGAACAAGAGAGAAAAGUUCCAUGCUUGAAACUGUUUAUGUAAACAAGUGACUAUAAAAAGUAACAAAUA